CUCAGACAAAAGCAUCGCAACUGUAAAAUUGUCUGACUGCAUCGCCCAGGGGAAGUCCUAUAUAAGACGGAGAGGGUCAACCUCCUUCUCUACCAACCAAACCAACCAACCAACCACCGAAUCGUUAAACCACCCGCCGCUACUCAGCCGCAACCACCAAUUCGCGCUUAACAGCCAAAGCGAAUCACACCAAAUCAGCACCGAUAAACCACCCAAUCGACUAUCAACAUCAGCAUAAAUCAGCAUAACCAUCAUGUCGACCACCACCACCACCAACCCGACGAUCACCGUCCCCGCCAUCGUCGUCACCAGCCCGCCCCUCUCACCCACGGGCAACGCCAACCACCCGAUGGCCGCCGCCGUCUUCCGCCGGCCAUCCCUCGUCAUCAGCGGCGCCAGCGCCACGUCGCUCGCGCCCAACCCAAACCAGCUCGUGCCCUCCUUCGCGAGGAGUCGCGGGGUGAAGAUGUCGCUCCCGCUGCUCGACAGCAACCACAAGCAGGAGGCGCACGCACCCAUUCCGAGCAAGGGCGCCCUGGAGCCCCGCGCUGGCGCGCUUCCGCGCCGCAAGCGCUCGAACCCGGCCGCGAUGUUGAAUCGCGGGCCCUGCCAGAUACAGGCAGCGGCGUAGAUGUGGCGAGACGUUAUAGCCACCAUUCGACACUCACCACACACCACACAUCACCCCGACUAAACUAUCAGCACUAAGGGGGAGAUCGACGACGACACAUACCCUACAUUCGGUGAACCCUACUACUAGGGCACCUCAGAACCAUACAUACCACAUCAGAACCAAUAAACAUGAAUUUGCACCUAGCCAGAAUGAAUUUUCUCGGAGAAAGCCUCAGUCUUCAGUUGGACCUCCAUGAUGAGGCUGUGGGUCGUGAGCUGACCUCCUUUAAGUCAGAGGUCGCAAGCCGAGAGCAGAUGCAGCUUUAGCGUAGAUGAUGG